UGGAAAGGCUUGUAAAACUUAGAAGCCCAGAGUUCACGUACCGUUCUGCACUUUAAAAGACAGUUGAAUCUUUCCAAAACUGACAACUAGUAUGCACAGACAUUUUACCCAUCAUCUACUGUAAUUUGGUUCAAAAUCUUAUCUUCGUACCCCCAGAAUAGAGAUUAUUUUAAGGAUACUUCACGGAUGCUUCACGUAUACGAGUAAUCUCUUUUCUGUCUCGUAUCUUAGCUGGUUUGAGACGAAUUCUUCCCGUUUUAGACGAUAAGAGGCAUCCCAUGGUGUUUUUUAGAUUAUAUGGUUCAUGUUGAAAAUCUAAAAAGUUCCGUUAUAUGACGUCAUCAUAUCUUAAAUGUGACCAAAUGAUUUUUUUUUAGAAUUUUUUAUCACAACAACACGUUUAAAUACCUUUAACAUAGAAAACCAGUUAAAUUUGUUAAGAAUUUGAUAAUGUGUGGGUGGCAACUAAAACCAGUUGUUUUGGCUUGAUUCACGAAAAAAGAUUUAUGAACAGAGACCAAAUUGGGGAAGACCCGGUGCUUGUGUGACCAUAUUUAGCCAGUUUCCAACACAAUUAGCUGAUUUGAAACAAUUUUAGGUAUUAUACAUGACGCUCUCAGUUUAUGCAACCCAAAUUCAAAAAUUCUCUAAAAACAUUUUUGUGAUUUCAUCACUCUGGCCUCUAUUGGGUAAGGGCGUAAAUUUCAGGAAAGUGGAAGCGAGCUGAUCUGUACGAAUGGGUUGUUACACGUUACGUUGGUAUGGGUUGUUACACGACAAUAAAGAAAUCGAUUCAAGAAUGCUAUUCAGACGCCAUUGCAGCUACGGCAAUGGAAGCGGCAUGACGUCAGCUUUCGUCCUUUGUACCAUGUUUGUUCAGCAUAACUGGAUUGCGGUCUGAUUUGUAAGAGAAAGUCAUCCCAGAGCAAAACAAACAGCGGGUCGCCUAUAAUGAGGGAAAAUGUUACCAAGGAGCCUUUCGGCCGUUUGCAAGGUCUGCAAGUAAAGAAGUAACUUGGUUUUGGUUAUAAAUGUACGACAUAUCUCUGUUGUUUUAUCUUGUUCGCUGUGUUCAUUCUGAAAAGACAAAUGUGGGUUUGAAAACACGGUUUGUUUACAUCCAGCACAGGAGUUGAUAGCCAUGUCUUUACAGCCAGAGGAAGAGCGACAAAUGCAAGCCUACAUACAGUGGGUCAAUUCUCAACUGAGAAAAAGGCCCGGAAGUCGAGCGGUGAAAGAUUUGCAACAUGACAUGAAGGAUGGUGUUGCCUUACUACAACUUAUAGAAGUUGUUGGAAAUGAACAAAUUCCUAUCAUUGAAAAUCCUAUCACAAUUUCUGACAUGGCUACAAAUGUCACCUACGUGCUUAAAUUCAUGGCAGAGAGAAGAAUCAAAAUGCAUCAGAUCAAUUCAAAAGAAAUCAUCGAAGGGAAUAAGCGUGCCAUUAUGAGGCUCAUCCUCGCAUUGGCUGCACAUUUCAAGCCAGGUUCCGUGCGUCCAGCAAACAGUGAAGCCCCCUCAGGAAGACUUGAAAGAGCAUCGUCCACCAUGUCGUUAGCAGCUGAGGCAGCGGUGGCAUUAGCAGAUGCAAGCCAAUUGGCAUCAAGUGCAGGGCUUUCUUUGCAUUACAAAUACAAAAAGAGACCAAACUUUGACUCCAACCUGUCAACAAGCGACCACUCGUUACAUCAGCUCCCUGUAGAAGCCUCUCAUUCGCGAUCGUCGUCCUCCGCAAGCAGUACCUCGCACAAAUCCGCUGGCAGUGCCAACCGCCUGAACAGUUCAGUACCUGGGUCGAGUUCUAAGAAAAGGUACAAUGACCUCACUCCGGUAAGAAAAUCACUCGGACAGUGCGUCUCUGACACGGACCAUCUAAGCUCACUUGAAACCAGUAUGCGCCAGCACCAUCAAGCAAUCACCAAAUACCUCAGUGAUGAUCAAAGUUAUCGCACUUUGCCCCGAAAAAUGAAAGUUGGCUCUUCGAAAUCGGAAGGAAACUCCCGGAGAUCCUCAAGGCCAAGUUCUGCUAACAGUAGCACUUCUAUAGAUGACCAUGUACUUGCGGAGGAGCACGAUCACAUGGUUGUUGACGUCCAAGCUUUGAAAGAAUACUUGCUUGAUCUUCAGUGUAUUCUUUUGAACGGGGAAGACUCUCAAGAUGGGAAUAACAACAACAGCAACGAGACUGAGAACGAACAUUUCUUUCAGGAAUCCUCGUUGCACGACCAAGUUGUCAUAUUGAAGGCAAGGCUCGACCAGGCAAACCAAGACUACCAAAAUUUGAAAAACUCGGCCGCUGCUCUUAAGGAGGAUGCGAUUAGAUUGCAGGGCGAAAAGGUUGGAUUGCAAGGUAGACUUACCGAACUCGAAGAAGCAAAUAUAAAUUUACGAGCGGAUCAGUUGCGUCAGGAGCUUGCAUGUGACUCAGCUAGAAGUGCAAAGGAAAGCGCACAAAGGAUCAUCGAAGAAAGAGAGCAUAGGAUUGCAGAGUUGCAUGAGGAGCUGGCAAAGAAGGACCAGGUAAUACGAGACCAAGAGAGAGAAAUCCAACAGUUGAUUGACACAGUCACCGGAAGGGAAAACACAGAGGCUGACAGAGACACGCAACUCAAUUUACGAGAGAGCAUCAAACAUAAUAUUCGUGACCAAAUAGAGCAGCUAACUGGGCGUCUUGAGGAACUCAGUGGCUCGGAGAAUCAAAUCCAUUCGCAAAUAGAUCAUUACAACAGAAGGUUGAAGAAAAUAGAAGAUUCUCUCCGGAAAUCAAAUAACCCAAAAGAGGUAGCCAAAGAGUACGACAAGGCAUCGAACACCCUGGAGAACCUUCGAUCAAGCUUCGGAAAACACGACCCUAGGCAGCAUGCCCUCGAUAGCAUCGGCCAGAGUUUAGGUUCUAUUAUGGAGAAACUUACAGUGUCAAGAACAACUUCCAGAAAUGACGCUGCGAUGAAAUUGAGCGAAAAGAGAUCAUCACGAGGUAAACUUACACCAAGAAACCGAUUAAAAAACAGUGAAACGCACUCAAAAACCGAUUUGAGUGGCAGCUAUCUGAAUGGGUCUAUGGAUAGCGCAACUCCAGUUACACAGGAAGGAAAAAGGACAAAAGUUUUAUAUUUCAUUAAUCAGUCUGUGACGCCCUAUCUUGCUUCUAUCAACAAAAGUCUGGGAGAAAUCACACUGAAAGACUUCAAAAAUCUACUAGAUCGAGGUGGAAGCCAUCGCUAUUAUUUCAAGUCAAUGGAUCCUGAUUUUGGCAGUGUGCGUGAAGAAUUGUCCGCAGAUGAUGAGAUCCUUCCUGGAUGGGAUGGAAAAAUUGUCUCUUGGGUCGACGACGAUAAAGAAUUGGCUCUUGGGUCAGACACACGAACUGUGAACACAAGUACUCCAAAAAACACAAAUAAUUCUUAUUUUGUGCAAAAAGAUAUGGUAUAAUGUUAGUAUAAUUAUAAAUCUCAUCUAUAUUGCAUAAUCCGUACACAUUCUGCUUGUAAUAGCUGCUCAAUUUGUGCAUUUUUAAGUAGCAAGCCUUAUCCAAGAUGCUUUGAUUGCUAUCACUAGAAGAAUUUCAAAGAAGUUUUCGGUGUCAAUUCCUCAACCUGUACAUAUUUUAUGCUAUUUCAGUAAAUAAAUAGCUAGAAUAUGAUUCUCUUGCAUGUGAAGACAAAAUAAAAAAAAUAAAAAAUUUUAUUGAAAAGAUCUUGUAGCAUUUUUUAGCCAAUAGUUUUAACUGACUGAACAGGUUGAGAAGCAACAAACAUUGAAUACUUCCUUUUAAUGAUCUCCACCUUUCUACCAAAAUUUUCUCCGCGGUCGUUCAGGCUUAAUUUCCGUGUGAUACAAACUAAAUACUUUUAUAAUUUCGUUGCAUUGUAAAUUAUUUCUACAGCACAUUCGCAACUAACGUCAUGGUACAAUUAUUCAAUGCUUUAAGGCUCCAUGUCCCCCCUUGCAAUUUGACUGUUUUACUCUAUGCAAAUUAUGACUCUUAGCGAAGCAGUAUCUUCGACCAUAUCAUAUCAUGUUAUUUUUGUCCACAUUCCCUAUCAGCUUGAAAAGAAAUGAAAUAACAAUUUUUAGACUAUAAGCGUUUAGGUGGACUUAGUAUAGAUCUCGCUUUAAUAUAAUUGCUGAAAUAUUUAUUGAGAUAGAACUGCCCGAGUGGAGUCUAAAAUGUGAUGAACUUUCCUUUUUUAGGGUGGUUGCAUCACUCUCAAACCCUAUUUCUUCUUCGCCCAAAAUUCACCAGAGGACGGGGUUUUCCCUAGCCCGUUUUCGCAGUUAUUUGCCCGUUUAACUGAUGUGCAGAAUGUAAUUAGAGAAGCCCCUUUUCAAAAUCUGUAGAAUAUUCAAAUUUUCAACAUAGUCCUUUUUCAAAAUCUGUAGAAUAUUCAAAUUUUCGACACAAAAUAUGAACUCAAUACUUUUAAUUGACAGCGACAAAUGGUAUUUCAUAUCGUGAAAGCCGUUUGUUAUUUGAGUAGAUGAAGUGGAAUUUUUACGCGCAGUAUUUCCAGUAUUUAUAUUUAAAAAUUUUUGUAGUUUUAUUUGAUGAAAGCCUUAAAAAUCAAGUAUUUGGGGUCGAGGAAUUGUGACAUUUUAACCAAAGAAUAUUUAA